AUGCAUUUGAUAGCAGCCAAUUUGUGGACGUGGAUCCGAUAUGUGUUGAUGGAGGAAGGAGUCAUGGAGAAAGAAAUCAGAGACGUAUUCAAGACGAUAAGUAAUCGAUCUCAGCCCGAGAUGGAUGAGGCAUCGCUUGACGCCUUUGAACAUCGUGAUAUUCAGGUCAUGGGCAGUUGUCAUGCAGCCGAAUGUAUACUAGGGAGCUUGUCAGAAGUGAUGUUCACGGCAAUUGUCGAAUAUUCAUUAAUCGCAGCUGCAGUAAUGUAUAUUGUGUGGAGAAAUAUAGGUGAAGUAGGCCAUGGGUCAGAGUACGUGAAACGAAAGCAUCGUAUUCGAAUGGAUUGUUCGAAUACCACGACUGGUUUGUUCCUCGGAUUACUCUUUUUGGCGGCUACUUUUACUUCAAUGCUGGUCUACUAUGGGUACUCGAUUCUUGGAAAAAGCAAGAAGGCGGCGUUUGCCUAUGCUCUUACAGACAUUUCUCAGUACGUGAUAGCCUCCAUCGGUUGUGUUAUGGCAAUCUAUCAGAUGAGAAAAUUGGCGUUUGUUGACAAAUGGAACAACAGUGGUGCAUCACGGGACCAGGAGCUUUUGGACCGAAUCCUUCUGUGGUUGGGACUAGUUGGUGAGCUGAUCUACUCAGUAGCAGGGCUUGUUGGACUGACUGGAGACGCACAAUGGCAACCAUUAGCAUUCCUUCUGUUUUUUGUACAUAUAUUCAGACUCAUACAGGUUGGAGCCCAGACAUUCCUGAUCUAUCUGGCUUCGAGAGUAAAAGUUGGCACAGCAUCCAGACAUAACCAACCAGGAAAGCAAGCAAUUACUUUCCUCCUAGCAGCUAAUUUGUCGAUUUUCUUGAUGAAUCUUUUUGAAAGUGAAAAACCAGGCAUCUCCGAAAGUAUAAUAGAUUUCUACGGGAAACGGUCAUGGGUAUUCCUGGUUCGCAGUUUUUCUCCACUGACGAUCUUUUAUCGAUUUCAUAGCUCUGUUUGCCUCGCGGAAGAUUUGGAAAAAUGUCUAUGCGAAUAA